CGCCGGCCGCGCCAGUGUCCGCCAGACUGCCGAGCGCGCCGGGCCUCCCGCUCCCCGCGCCUCGCUCGGCCACGACGCGUUCCGACCUUCCCAAAUCCCCAAAACCAAAACUUAACCCGUCGCGAGUGCAUUAUGACACUUGUCACAUUAGUGAGCUAGCGGGCAGUGACAGUGUCCAUUCACAAAUAUAUAUGUAGAGGUGUAUGUGUUCACGUGUAGUGUAGUGUUCGCUCGGGCCCGUGACGAAAAACAUUCGUGGUGGCCAGCGGAGCCCUGCACCCGGGCUCGGGGCGAGCUUUCAUGGCUCAGCCUAGGUACGACGAGAGCCUCCACGGCGGGGGCUACAUGGAGGGCGGCGCCAUGUACCACGAGCACCGGCUCACGCACCCGCACAUCCCGCCGGUGCACUACCCGCCGCCCGCCGCGCCGGCGCACGCGUUGCCCGGCGAGCCGCUAGUGCACAAGCGCGACAAGGACGCCAUAUACGGGCAUCCCCUGUUUCCCCUGCUGGCGCUGAUCUUCGAGAAGUGCGAGCUGGCAACGUGUACCCCCCGCGACCCCGGCGUAGCCGGCGGUGACGUCUGUUCCUCAGAGUCCUUUAACGAGGACAUCGCGGUGUUCAGUAAACAGAUACGUCAAGAAAAACCUUAUUACAUAGCGGACCCCGAGGUAGACUCAUUAAUGGUGCAAGCAAUACAAGUCCUACGGUUUCACCUAUUAGAAUUAGAAAAAGUGCACGAGCUGUGCGACAACUUCUGCCACCGCUACAUCAGCUGCCUGAAGGGCAAGAUGCCCAUCGACCUGGUGAUCGACGAGCGGGAGUCAGCCCGGCCGCCGGACACCAACGGGGAGCCGCGGUCGGCGCCUGACAGCAACCACGACGGCGCAUCGACCCCCGACGUCAGGCCGCCAUCGUCGUCGCUAUCAUACGGCGGUGCGGUGAACGAUGACGUCCGCUCACCGGGCUCCGGUGGCACCCCCGGCCCCCUCAGCCAGCCCCCGCCGCAGACCCUCGACGCGACAGAUCCAGAUGCCAUGGGUAAGUGGCGCGAGACACCACGGAGCCCCAUAAAUCAUGGCAAAUGGUGCGGGUCGCGGCGGGAAUGGUCAUCCCCUCCCGACGUGGCGCGGCGGGUCUACUCCUCAGUGUUCCUGGGCAGUCCCGGGGAAUACCCAGGGGAUGCCAGUAACGCGAGUAUCGGCUCCGGCGAGGGUACGGGGGAGGAAGACGACGACACGAACGGAAAGAAGAACCAAAAGAAACGGGGAAUCUUUCCGAAGGUCGCCACCAACAUCCUUAGAGCGUGGCUCUUUCAGCACUUAACGCAUCCCUACCCUUCGGAAGACCAGAAGAAACAGUUGGCACAAGACACAGGGUUAACGAUACUACAAGUAAAUAAUUGGUUCAUCAACGCGAGACGUAGGAUAGUACAGCCAAUGAUAGACCAGUCGAAUAGAGCAGUGUUCUACCCCGCAGUGUUCCCGCACGCGGGCCCCAGCGGCGCCUACAGCCCGGAGGCCACCAUGGGCUACAUGAUGGACGGCCAGCAGAUGAUGCACAGGCCGCCGGCCGACCCCGCCUUCCACCAGGGCUACGCGCACUACCCCGCCGAGUACUACGGACACCAUCUUUAAUCCACACACUUGUACAUAUAUGAAUAAAAAUUGACCAUCGCGCGGCCUCACCGCGCCCGAGCCGAGGCCGGGACAGGAGACGGAAGGCCUCGCGCCGCCACCAGAGGCCUCGCCCCGCCACCAGAGGCCUCGCGCCGCCACCAGAGGCCUCGCUUUAGCGCACACGUGAUACGAACAAACAAGGAGAACGAUGCUAAAUGUACAUAAACGCGAAACAUUUUGUAAUAUUUGAAACAGUAUACGAUCUCCUAAAUUAAGAUUUAAAGUCAACUUUAACGGUUAAAAUUAAAAAUUAAAACGCGAAGUGACUAUGGACGCUGUGUAAUAAAAAAAUAAUUAUAUUAAUGCAAAAAAAAACCGGUGCAAUCACCUAUAAAUAAAAUGAAGCGAAGUUUUAUCAAUCUGGAACUAUAGGAGCAAAGUUGAUGAAUGUAACAAUAAAUAAAAAAUGGUUUGAUAGUUAUCUUAUAAAUAUUUAUAGCUAAUUGUGUAUUGUUAUUACGUAAAUAUAAAUAAAUAAUUGAUUAGUUGUAAGUUGUAACUAUCACUGAAAGUACUGGGAGCGCAGACGACAUACAGAUAAAAAAGAAUGAGUAUUUUAUUUUCUUUUUUUCUGUCAACACGUUGUCUAUGUAAUAGAUUACUUGGAUUUGAGUUUUUUUUUGGAAUAGCUUUAGUUGUUGAGACAAUCUUGUUAUUUAUUAAUGAGAGACCAAUACUUCGAAGCCGAAAAAUAAUUAAGCAGAGUGUCCGACCUCUCUAAUGGGCGGUGAGCUUUAUUUCCAACUUAUUUUCUUUAAAAAUCGCUAUCAUUUUUAUUUCUUACGACAAUAAUCCGCAUAAAAAAGCUCAAAAUCGUACGUAUAAGUAAAUGUCAAUUUCACGAUGAAUCUAAUAAUUAAUUAAUUAAUUAAAAACAGUUUUGCAAUUUUGCUUUACAGGUAACGUACAUAUCUUUGAAUUACAUUGUAUAGUAUAUAUAUAUAUAUUUAUUAUUGGGUAUCGUAUAAUUAUGAAGCCAGAUCUCCACGCUGAUACAUGCUUGACGAACUUGUUAAUCGAACAUGUUCGACACAUUCGCAUUGGAUAAUAAUUAAAGGCACUAUACCAUUAGAGCACACGGGUGCGUUAUUACACGCACUUAACUUUACUUACUGUUCAAAUUAAAGGGACAGUUAUUCUCGUGAGUUCCCAAAAUAGUUACCCCAAAAUAUUAUUGCAUCAGGCUGUGGGAACAUAGCUUUAUUAUAUGAAAAUGAUCGUUACAUCAAGAAUUAAUGUGCGAGUUGCAAUUUUAUUUCAAUGUAAUUUAACUUAGCAAGAACAACCGAAUUCCGAAGUGUCUAUAAUCGGAAGACCGAGACUUGUUAGCUGCUCUGUAAACGACUUUUUGACCCUUUUCAAACCCUUUGAUAAAGUCUACGAAUUGUGUCAAACUAACCGUUAAAAAAAUAGUCCCAUGUGCAUCAAUGGUAUAACGUCUUAAAAGCGUCGAGCAUUUACGCAUUUGGAGAUCUAGCGUAUAAUAGUUUCACCCUGCCUUGGUGUUCAUAAUAUAGCACAAUUUGUAACCGAUGUAUACGAUGAAUUAAAUAAUAUUUUACACUGUUGAAAAUGCGAUGAGAUUUUUAGCUCUAUUUUAUGUCUUGAUACCUGACAUUGCCUUCUACUUUAACGUGAACAUAAAUGUGAAAGAACGCAUCUGCGGUCGACCGCAUGCGGUUCUUUCAUUAAUGUAAAAAAAACGCAAAAUUAAUUUUACCACACAUCUAUCUAUAACGCAUUGAAAAUAUAUAGGCGGUUUUAGUGACUAGUGCGUAUACUGUAGCGGGUCUACCGUGCGACAAAAACGCUGGUGCGUUCUUUCACAAAAUGUUGAGAAACAAUCGGCUAAUACAAAAUGAGGGUAGACUUUUAAAAAUCGAAACGAAUGUAUACAAUUAAAGAGAUACGAGAUAGAUCGGCAAAAAACGCGCCAUUUGUUAAAGUCGCUUAUUUUAGAAAUUAUUCGGUGAGCCGAUUUUAUUUCGAUGUUAAAUUAUUAUUAUUUUAAGAACACAUGAUCACACUCGCAUGUGUUAUUGUAAUAAUGACAGGAGGUGCUAUCAUGAUUGUGUUGUAAAAAACUGUCAGUGAAAAAUUACACUUGAAAUUCAUUUGUGACGAAUUAUAGAUUUCGUCACCACAUAUAGCCUUGUAAAAACUAAUAAUCAAUUAAUUUAACACUGCGGUAAUUGACAUCGAAAUAAUUUAUAUACUAAAAUAAGAUGUGAUGCGCUCAGAAUUAUUUACUUUUUCAUCAAAACACAUAAUUUUAAUACGUGAUGACUCUUGGCGCGUUUUUCAGCGAUCGAGUUCCGUGGGGUUGUCAUAGUGAAAUAAAAAUAUGCACUGUUUUUCAUUUCACUAUUUUGUUAUCUGUAUUUUAUAUAUUUAAUGGUGUGAUCAUGUACCACGGAACCAAAUAUAAAAAAUAAAUAAAUAUUCUAACAAAGACUAAAGGUAAAAGAUAGACAAAGCGAUCGAGGGUAACGGUGAUUAUUAAAGUGUUAAGUCACCAUCCUGAGCUCUUGGUGUAAGUUUUGAGGCAAACUAUAGCGGGAUAUAUGUCAAAAUUUGUAAUAUGGUAUAUUUAUCAUAAUGUAUUUAAUUAAAUACACCCAUACAAAUUUGACAAAUUAAUGUUAGUCAUUUAAAAAAAAUUACUCCAAAUGUUCGUAAAAUUACUAGCCCGGUUUAUAUACUGUCUGUCUUUUACCUUUAAUUUGCGUAUUAUAAGUCCUUUGGAGAAUUCAAGGGUAAUAUUAUAAUUACCAGCCUUAAGCCAAGUAUACGAAUGGAGCUUUUAAAAUUUGAUGAAAUUGGUAUUAAAUAGCUAACGGUUAGCUUCGUAAUCGGUAAAGUUAUCCGGGACAAGCUUUAUUCUAGUAAUAACCGCGAUUCUUUGUAAAUGCGAUGUGGUUGUUUUUACAUUAAUUACUAUUUAAGGUGAGUACAAACCCAAUAAAUCGGAAUUUUCAUUACGAUAUCUUGAGAUUAUUUUAUUUAUAUUAAUUAGUUAGAUAACUAGUGGCAAUUUAUAUUUUUUAAUGAUUUGUUACUUUUGAAAUAUUUGUGUAAUAUUCAAAAUAUAAUUUGUAACAUGCAACAUGAAUAAUAAUAGUAUAUCAGACAAUAAUAUGAAUAUUCAUAUAAUAGUCACUGUGAACAUUAUUGUUAAAAUAUUACACCAAUAUUUUAUUAUUUAAUUUCCAAUUACAGUAUAUUUAGGUUUGGACUCACCUUAAUAAACUUCUUCACUAACUCACUUUGUUGUUUCUUUUCCACUAUUUUUAAAUCUAGAAUAUUUUCAAAACUCGACCACUAUUAAUUUUAAUGGUUUGUUAUUUUUCGGUUAGUCUUUGAUUUUGCACACAAAAAGUAGCGUCAACAGAAACAAACGCAUCGCAAAUCUUUUUUAGAAUUAUUUUAUUUGUUAACCUUUGUAAAUAAACAACAAUAAAUCGUUCUAUGUAUAAACCGUUUAGUUUUCAAUGAAUAUUCAGUAUUAAAAUUGAUUUUGACUUAUAAAAAAAUUACCGGACUUUGUUUCUAUUGAAGUUAGUAUUCGAUGCGUACGCGCGGAGUUUUAAUGCGCGAUAGAGGAAGGGUAUUUAAAACGGUAAUUAAAAAAAGUUCAUUUUAUUUUAAAGACCAUUAAAACAUGCUAUUUUUGACAUAAAUACAUAUCAAAAAAUGUGGAUAUGAGAUUUUUUUUAAUAUAUAUUUUUUUGUCACUUAUUUACUUUAUAAUUUACAUCAUACAUUCAAAAUUUAAUUGAUACCUAAAAUUGACAAAACAGUUAUAAUUAUGUGUUGCUUAGUAUAGCAAUAUAUGAUUAUUUUAUUAUAUUUAUUAUUCAACAAACAACACAUUGAAAUUAAGCUUAACCAUAGUGCAACACAAACCACAGUUGGUUUUACUGUGCACUGGUAUUGCUGUUUGUAUGGUUGCUGGUAGAUUUAAUAAAUAAGUAAGAAAAUUUAAAAUAUAAUUACAUGAAAAUAUAUAGUUGAAGUGAACUUUAGUUUUUUGCUGACCGUACUACGAGUAUACCCCUCCCUCGUGUCGCAUCUAUCCGCAGCGCACCGCAAACUAACGAACCUGUACCCUUAUAAUUAUUAUUAUUAUAAUUGUUAACGCAAACUCGUGUAAUAUAUUUUAUUAAGAAAGAAAAGUCUUAAAAUAGUAGUUAUUAGCUAUUAAUGUAUUAAUUGAAGAAUUUUAUUUUGAUUUUCUCUUUAUUACAUAUGUAUAUGUACAUUAUACUUGAGUUUGGGAGUCACGAACUGUAAAUAUAGCAACUAAUACGAAAAAACGUACCGCGUACCGCUGCGUUCUACAUUAUUAUAGAAAAAAAUGCAAUUUCAACCACCACCACACAUUUCAAUUGUAGAUAUACCCCGAGACAAAGACUUUGUAUACAAAUAGACGAGCAAUUCUGAAAUGAACUUAUUUUCCGUGUGAAUAUUUGUCACGUUGAUGUUAUAAUAUGAAAGUGAUGAGUUCAAUUUUCGAAUUGGGCCAAUAUGGAAAUAAAAAAAACUAAAAGAAG